AUGUCGACCCUCCCUAUACACCCUUCACCCAUCCUAACGGCCCUAUCGUUCCUCCUACUGCUCGUCGCGGCGUCAGCACAACCAGACGUGUACUACCAGGUAGUGGAUUACCCCCACUGCCCUAUUACCGGUGAGCGCCCCGAGGACAUCAAUGGGGCUUAUAUCGAGGCGGCUCGUAUCGGGGCGGCUAGUAACGGGGCGGCCGUGUGGCAGCGCCGGUGCGCGAUGGAGGACAACAUGACGUGCUGCGGGCUGUGCGGAGGCGAGGAGCUCGCGCUGCGAUACAUCCGAUCCAACGUCUCUCUUGCAAUAGAGGCUCUGGGCAGCAAUGCUACCGCUGCUGCUGCGAAACUCAUCGACCUCUCCAACCCACCCUCUGCAUGUGAGGCGCUGCAGGGCUAUCCGCUCUGCGCACAUCUGCUCGAAAUGGUCAUGUGCACUGCCGUCUGUGACGCAGGCACGGAAUUCCUGGUGGAAGCUGGGCCCACAAUCACCAUCUGUGAUGGGCUUGCAGAGAGGCUCACGGAGGAAUGUGCGGGAACGCUAUUUGGUCGCAUCACUAAAACUAUGGAUGCAUAUUCCUUCACCACCCAGCUUCUCACAGCGAUAGGCAGAAGCCUCUACGUCAUCCCGGCCUUCUCGACCGUCAUCUCGUUUUCAGGGGAG